UCUUCUGGUGAGGGGAGGCCAGGCGAGCCAGCUCCCGGCCCGGAACCAAGGGCAGCCAUGCCAAAGACAGCCUGGGCGGCUCAAGGCCGGGAGAACUUCCCGAGCCCAGGCGGAAAUGCGGUGGUUCGGUUGGGCUCAAAGUGACAGCCUUCGUGGUGGUAGAAAAUAAAGGCCAAGUCCUGGGGCCACACGUAGGUUGGGGUGUUUAGGUUUCUGGCCCUGGCCCUGGUUAGGAGAAAAAGAGCGACCUGUUGCUCGCUCUUAAGGGACUCCGGCUGGCAAGGUUUGUGUUCAGGGAGAAUGUUAUGGCAAAGCUUUUGGUCUUAAGGACAGAAACAUCAGUGGUUUUUACUCUCCAGCAAAAAACCAUGGCAAGCCCAGGGAAAGACAAUUAUCGAAUGAAGAGCUAUAAGAACAAUGCCCUAAACCCUGAGGAAAUGAGGCGAAGAAGAGAGGAAGAGGGCAUUCAGCUUCGGAAGCAGAAGCGGGAGCAACAACUUUUUAAACGGAGAAAUGUGGAGAUGAUUAAUGAAGAAGCAGCCAUGUUCGACAGUCUCCUCAUGGACUCUUAUGUGAGCUCUACCACUGGGGAGAGUGUGAUCACAAGAGAGAUGGUAGAGAUGCUCUUUUCUGAUGACUCUGACCUGCAGUUAGCAACCACACAGAAAUUCCGGAAACUGCUCUCCAAAGAGCCUAGCCCUCCAAUAGAUGAAGUUAUCAACACUCCAGGAGUGGUGGAUCGGUUUGUGGAGUUUCUGAAGAGGAAGGAGAAUUGUACAUUACAAUUUGAAGCUGCCUGGGCUCUGACGAACAUUGCCUCUGGAACCUCUCAGCAGACCAAAAUUGUCAUUGAAGCAGGGGCUGUCCCCAUUUUUAUAGAGCUGCUUAACUCGGACUUUGAGGAUGUACAGGAACAGGCAGUCUGGGCACUGGGAAACAUAGCUGGAGACAGCUCCGUGUGCCGGGAUUACGUCUUGAACUGUUCCAUCCUUAAUCCUCUGUUAACACUCCUUACAAAGUCCACACGACUAACAAUGACACGGAAUGCAGUCUGGGCCCUGUCGAACCUCUGCCGAGGAAAGAACCCACCUCCAGAAUUUGCAAAGGUAUCCCCUUGUUUGCCUGUGCUGUCUCGCCUUCUCUUCAGCAGCGACUCAGACUUGCUGGCAGAUGCUUGCUGGGCCCUUUCUUACUUGUCCGAUGGCCCCAAUGAGAAGAUCCAGGCAGUCAUAGACUCUGGAGUCUGCAGGAGAUUGGUAGAGCUUCUAAUGCAUAACGAUUACAAAGUGGCUUCUCCUGCACUGAGAGCUGUGGGUAACAUCGUCACUGGGGAUGACAUCCAAACCCAGGUCAUUCUCAACUGUUCAGCGCUCCCUUGCCUCCUCCACUUGCUGAGCAGUCCCAAGGAGUCAAUCCGGAAAGAAGCCUGCUGGACCAUUUCAAAUAUUACUGCUGGCAACAGGGCUCAAAUACAGGCUGUCAUAGAUACAAACAUCUUCCCUGUAUUGAUUGAAAUUCUUCAGAAAGCAGAGUUCCGUACAAGGAAAGAGGCAGCCUGGGCCAUCACCAAUGCCACAUCUGGAGGAACUCCUGAGCAGAUCAGGUACCUGGUCUCACUAGGCUGCAUCAAACCCCUGUGUGACUUGCUGACUGUGAUGGAUUCAAAGAUUGUGCAGGUGGCUCUCAAUGGACUGGAGAACAUCCUUCGGCUCGGAGAGCAAGAGGGCAAGCGCAGUGGCUCGGGGGUGAAUCCCUACUGUGGCCUCAUCGAAGAAGCCUACGGCUUGGAUAAAAUUGAGUUUCUCCAGAGCCACGAGAACCAGGAGAUCUACCAGAAGGCCUUCGACCUCAUUGAGCACUACUUUGGUGUAGAAGAUGACGAUAGCAGCCUGGCUCCGCAAGUGGAUGAAACACAACAGCAGUUCAUCUUCCAGCAGCCUGAGGCCCCCAUGGAGGGCUUCCAGCUAUAAUGUCUGCCUCCGGGGAGGGGAUGGGAUGGGAAGCACCACCAACCAGUGGAAGAGCAGCCCUCCGGUGAGGGGGGAGCAGCCCCCACCGUCAGCCACCACACACCUCUGCUGCCCUGGAAACUGUGCUCUUGACCUGCUCCACCCCCUUCCCUGGAGGGAGCACCCUCUGGACAGACAGAACCAUCUGAGGCUCACAUUUGGGUUUUGUGACAAGAAGGGGACGUGUUGGGUUUUUCUUCCUCACACUAUAUUUUGGCUGCACAUAUGUCUUUAACCCAGGAGCCCAGGGGUAGACAAAGGAGGACUGAGGUAAUCAAUUUUGCACCUUUUUUAUUUUUAUUUUUUCUUUAGUGGUGACUUUGUUCCCUUUAUCUUCCUUCAUCCUUCCCAGUUCUCUGCCCUGAUCUGUGUAACUCUUAUCUUGGGUACUUGAGAAGGUGGAAUAUUCCAGAAGUGGGGGUGGGACGGGAGGGGAGAAAUCCAAAACAAAGUGUUCUUGCUCUGACAGAAUAUUAAUCUUGUAUGCUUGGAUUGAGUUAUUUAAUUUUUUUUCUUUUGCACAUUUUUCUUGUAUUAAGAUUGCUCUUUCCAAGAACCGUGAGUUCCUGGUUUUAGGAAUCCCAGCUGCCAGCAUUGUCUGGGACUAGAGGCUGAGGGGGCAGGUCACUGUGAGACAAAGGCCCUUCCUUCUCUUCCCUCUAACCCCUUCCCAGACCUCUUUAGUUUGGGAGAUCCCCUCACUCUCCUGGGGCAAGUACACCCGUGGGAGUGGAGGGGGGGGCGCAGGCCUUUCAGACAGGGCUUCCCAUGUGUCGCUACUGAUCCCAUGUUUCCUACCCACCUUCCAAUGGUGCGACCCAACUUCAUUUGUUUACUUGAAACUUCCCCUCAGAGAUGAACGAGCCUCUGAGGUAGCUGUAUUUCCUCCUAAGCAUGAGACAAGGGGCUCUAGUCCUUCCUUCUCCCGAGGAGAAAGUCCUUGCUCUGGUGACCCAUCGGUUGCAGAGGAGGUUGGAGCGAGAGUGUCCUGUAUUGGGAUAGCCAGGGAUCCCUGCCUUUGGCCUUUCUUCCUCUUCUUCCUCUUCCAUAGUUGGAUCAUGUAUAUUUUACUUCUAAAGGAGAGAAUGUCAAAAAGUUCUGUAUUUUUUUAUAUUCUGUAUAUUAAGUAGGUCAAUCUUAAUUGGUCUCGAGAGGAAGAACUGUUGUAAUUUCUAUAAGUAGGAUACUGUGAGGAAGACCAAAAGGAAAUGUGGAAGCUCCCUCACUCAGGAGGCCUGAGCUUGAUCUUUUUCUUCUCUGCUUGGGUUCCGGGCCCCCACCUGGGACCAGCUUCAGCUCUGGAACCUUUACACAGCAGGUCAGCCUGGUCUUAUUGUCCCAGCACCUGAAGGAAGCAAGGAUGACCCAGGGUAUGGUGAAGUCUACCACUGUAAUCCUUAUUGCUGAGCAUCCCGCUUGCAUCGGGAAACCCAGAAGCAGUCUGCCUUCUCAGAUUUGGUGUCAAAGGCCCUUGUUCACAUAAGUUAAUGUACAUGGUUCCUCUGUUACUAUUACAGAAACGUGGCAGCCUCAGGUCUUUUGUGAUUUAUUGUUAUCUUCCCUGUUUGGGAUCCUUGUACCUGGUUUGGGUUUUGCCCUUCCUUCUGACAAUUGUAAUCCUAAUGUCUUUUUUUUCCUCUUUGAGUAAAGUGAAUGCAGUGCCACAGUGGCCUGCCUGUGCUUUGGUGGAUUACAUAUGAGAGUAAAGCCCAGUUGUUGGGGGGUGGGGGUGGAGAGAGUUGUCAGCUGCGUAUAGACCAACCCUGAGGAGGCACAGUCUGCCUUGCCCCUGCUGUGCAGCUCCGGUCAGGCAGAGGUGCCCCGCUCAAGGUGUUUCUUCCCUUCCCCAAAAACAGUGCCCUUCUCGCUCCCGUUUCUGCACACCUCCUCUGUCUCAGGUGAAAUCCAUGCCCCUCUACUUACAGAUCUAAAGUUCAGGUGCUCACUGUCAGCCAUUGGUGUUGAAUUUGCCCCUCCUUCUAGUGUGAGAUCCAAGUCCACAGCCACUUUCUGAGAAAGGUGGUUUGGGCAAAGCUUUUCACUGAGAAGUCACACCAAUGCUGGACCACCUUAGUGAGUCAGAUGCUGCUCUUCGGCUUGGGAACGACGACUGUCAACCUCCAGUCUCCCAGGCAGGCAAGAGGCAGGACCUUUUUCACAUGGCCUGCGGACUCCAUUACAAAACUGUUCUACAGUUCAAGGGAAAACUCCCCCCUCCCCCCACCCCAACCCUUGUCCAAAGGGGAAAGCACUUUACUAGGAUCUACUUUGUACAUCUCAAGCAAUAGUUAAGUCCCUGGCAUUGGGGCCAAAUUCUUACUGUGAGACAUACAUAUCCUGCUUUUCCCAACUAUUCCCCAAAAUCUAUUUUUCCUUUUGCUCUGGGCCCUGUACCAGAUGGAAGACUUUUGAUCCUCAAGCUGCUGCUUAAAGUCGGUUUUCUUUAAGGACUUAAAAGGCUGAAGUCUCCCAGGGCACAAUAUGAGGACAGAUUUCUCAUCAGAUAAAAGCGGCCUCUAGGAGCUUUCCUUCAUUACUGUCUUCCUCAACGUGUUUUCCCAUAAUCUUCCUCCAACCCCUUUCCGUCAACAGAUGAAGUUCUUCCAGCCCACAGAGGGAGUGACAUCAUCAUUUGAGUCUCCUCCUCUCCUUUGGCCAUCUUGGAAAGCAAAAUAGUAUUUCUUUAACCACGGCUUGACAGCCACUCUUCAUGGGCAGCUCCCGUCGGACUCCAGACCCUGGCCUAGCUGAGGUCAGAGGCUUUCUGGUAGAUUUCCGAGCAGAUGUAGCAGGGAUAGAGGGCUGCCAGCCUCCUGUAGGGAACAGCCUGAUGAGACAUGGUUUUGGAGUCUUUGUACUUUGUCACAUGGCUGGUAUGUCCAUUUUAAAAUCUUUGGUGGGGAUGGAGGUGUGGAUUAAGGGGACAAGGAGCCUUUUUCUUAGCUAAAGUAUUCAGAUCCUGUUUUGAGUAAUGCCAGCUAUUCUUUAUUGCCAGCCCCUCUAGGCUUCCCCUCUCCAGUUCGUCUUCUAGUACUAACAGGAUCUCUGGUCUUAGAAGCUUGCCUUCAGUUCUGAGUGAUCCCCAGUGGCUACCCGGCCUUGAAGUUGACCAUACCUUCUGCUAGAACCAUGUUGUGGGUUCCACCCUUAGCUGGCCAGCCUGGUUAUGUGGGUCAUUGGGGACAAAUGACCCAAGGAACAGGAAUUGAUGACGUCAGCUUCCAGAGGGCCUUGUUCCCCAUUACCUACAACGCUUAGAUUUGUUCCUUCUACUCUCUUUGCCUUGGAAGCUACUUACCAGGGGCCGCCCCCCCCUGGGUUUUUGGUUUUUGUUUUUUGGGGGUUUUUUGGAGCUGAACUGCACAGAUUAUAGCUGCUACUGUACUGAGUCAGGGAAGAGCAAAGGAAGGCUCUCAGGCAUAGACUUUCUAUUUCUCUCAAGCCAAACCAGCUUAAAAGGAAGAACGGUCUACAGAGUGAAAUGGGUUUCCAUUUUCUCGUGUCUGCCUGCCUUUUCCCUACAUUCUAUUUCUAGCAGACUAGGAGGGAAGACGAAUGCCGGGCAAUACUUCCCUCCUCAUCUACACAUGCCUCUCUGAAUGCCUCAGCGCGUAGAUGUUCAGGCCACAUCUCUUCUCCCUGAGACCCACUCAGCUUGGUGUCCAUCGUCUUGGGUAUUCUGUAGAUUCAUCUUAUGGGCUCAGAUUCUGGAUUCUCAGUUGGAAGCAGAGAGUCACAUUCUCCAGGUCCCUAUACAAACUAUAGGGACCUUUAGGGAAACCAGGCUGGCAGGGGGCCUCAGGAAUGUGUAUGACCACCUGCUUCCUUGGCACACUAAACCACAGGAAAAUGCUCAUAACCAGUAGCAACAUCUUCUAGAUAGGACUAUCCUAGGAAUGAGUGAGUGUGAGACUGCAAAAUCACUCACAGUAGGUUUUUUCAUAGCCAUUUUAGGGUUCUAUUCCAAUCUUGUCCAGUAAUUUUUCUCUUACCUUUUGGGUUCUUUUGUUAGACCAACAAGCUGAGAAUGUGGCCCUGUGGGGAUCCAUGUUGUGGGCACUAGCUACUCUUUGGCCAAUGCUGUCAUAAAUGAUUCAGUCAUCCUGUUGUCCAGCCACCAGCCCCAGCCCCAGAUUAAGACCAUAGCAAGGGAAGAAUUUGAGGUCAGUACCAACCAAGUCUGAAUUAAAGCUGUUAUUUUUUCCUCUGAGGGCAUUUUGCCUCAGGUCUGGGCUGUUUGCAGAACCAAAACUGGGUAUGAGAGAAGAGGCAGCAUUAAAUUUUGGGCCCAGAACACCGCAGGGGGGUUUGUGUAGUGUGUAGUUUGGGCCUCCCUCGCUAUUUCUGGGCCAGCCUGGCUGCUGAUGUUCACAUUAGAACAUACCUGAACCCCUCUGCUAAAUGCUAGUCCUGCUCCCCUAUGUAGGUCAGAUUAUCAGCCCCUGGGUUUGAGGACAGAAAAUCUUGCUAUGCCCUGAAGGAAAUCAAAGCUCCGAUCCUGAGACAGGCUGGGAGCCUCAGACUCAGGGGACGGCUUAAAGAGUCCAUCCACCUCUAUGAGAACCCUCAGGCCCUGUGGUUGGGUAUUGGCUCUUUAGCCAGCUUUUGUGGGAACUGCCUUUGAUUGAACCACUAAAGAAGUGAAGGGGUUAUGAAGUCCCAGCCACCCAAGACGAACCGGAUGGCCCUCGAAAGCAGCUUGGGUUACUAGCUACAGACCCUAGGAAGGUGAAUUGAACCCUUUUUCUCACUGGCUUUUCUUUCUGGAUCAAUUUGCUUUUAGUUUUCAAAGAACUAUAAACUCUGGCUAUUUUCUAUAUUCUCAGGACCCCUGGGUAGACAGAUAAAGCUUGAUUUCAGAGCAGACAGAGGCCAAGAAACCGUGGCAUUGAGUGCGCUGAGUCCAGACAAAUGAUAUUUAUAUACACAUCCAAAUUUGAAGAGAAAUGUAUUUCUUUAGGUUUCAAACACUGUAAUAGAUAUAAAGCAAAAAUAAAAACCUGUUGCAAAGUU